UACACAAAACCCUGUAACAUCUUAAGAUCGAGUGAAAAAUAAAAAGGAACUUCCCGCCACAGCACCACCUUGAUAAAGUUCCAGUCCUUGCAUGUUUUGAAUACAACUAGCCAGCCAGAUGUAUGGGGACAAGUCUUGCAAUUCCGUCUUCAACAUUAUACGCAUUCCCACGCCACGCUUUCUGUCCACAAACACCUCCAGAGUUGUAUCUAAGCUUGGAGACUCCGCCGCAGAACAGUUAAGCAGCCUCUGCUCCAAAGGACAUAUCAAAGAAGCCUUUGAGAGCUUUAAAUCUGAGAUAUGGUCAAACCCAUCUCUCUUCUCACACCUCCUCCAAGCAUGCAUACCCAGAAAGUCACUUUCAUUAGGAAAGCAGCUCCAUUCUUUGAUUAUCACAUCUGGGUGUUCCGCGGACAAGUUCGUAUCCAAUCACCUCCUCAACUUUUACUCCAAAGUUGGAGACUUGGGAGCAGCGUUAACUCUGUUUGAUCAUCUGCCAAGGAGAAAUAUUAUGUCUUGCAACAUUUUGAUCAAUGGGUAUGUGCAAAAGGGUGAUUUGGAAAGUGCCCAGAAGGUGUUUAACGAAAUGCCUGAGAGAAAUGUGGCUACGUGGAAUGCCAUGGUCACGGGUUUGACCCAGUUUCAAUUUAAUGAGGAGGGAUUGGGUUUGUUUUCGGAAAUGCACGAGUUGGGGUUUUUGCCUGAUGAGUUCACUUUGGGUAGUGUUCUUAGGGGAUGUGCAGGUUUGAGAGCAUUACAUGCCGGGCGACAGGUUCACGCUUAUGUGAUGAAAUGCAGGUUUGAGUUCAAUUUGGUUGUUGGCAGCUCUUUGGCUCAUAUGUAUAUGAAGUCUGGUAGCUUGGAAGAAGGGGAAAGAGUAAUUAAAUCACUGCCAAUUCGAAAUGUGAUUGCUUGGAAUACUCUUAUUGCGGGAAAAGCUCAAAAUGGGCAUUCUGAGGCAGUGUUGGAUCAGUAUAAUAUAAUGAAAAUCGCAGGUUUUCGACCUGACAAGGUCACAUUUGUGAGUGUUAUUAGUUCGUGUUCGGAAUUGGCAACACUCGGACAGGGUCAGCAGAUUCAUGCUGAAGCAAUUAAAGCUGGGGCUAGCACAGUUGAUGCGGUCAUUAGUUCCUUAAUUAGCAUGUAUUCAAGAUGUGGGUGUCUUGAAGAUUCUCUAAAAGCUUUCAAGGAAAGUGUAGGUCGAGAUGUUGUACUAUGGAGUUCUAUGAUUUCUGCUUAUGGGUUUCAUGGACGAGGAGAGGAAGCCAUUCAGCUGUUUGAGGAGAUGGAGCAGGAAGAAUUGGAGGCAAACGAUGUUACUUUCUUAAGUUUGCUUUAUGCCUGCAGUCAUUGUGGAUUGAAGGAAAAAGGGAUUGAGUUCUUCAACUCAAUGGUAGAAAAGUAUGGGUUGAAGCCUAGACUAGAACACUAUACAUGUGUGGUUGACCUGCUUGGCCGGUCUGGCCGUUUAGACGAAGCUGAGUUAAUGAUAAGAUCAAUGCCUGUUAAAGCAGAUGCUAUCAUAUGGAAAACUUUGUUAUCUGCAUGUAAAAUCCACAAGAACGCAAAUAUAGCAAAAAGGAUCUCUGAAGAAGUGAUUAGGCAAGAUCCACAGGACUCAGCUUCUUACGUGCUACUUUCAAACAUUCAUGCUUCAGCUAGAAGGUGGCAGGAUGUUUCUGAGGUGAGAAAAGCCAUGAGAGAUAGAAAGGUCAAGAAGGAGCCAGGCAUAAGCUGGCUGGAAAUUAAAAAUCAAGUUCACCAGUUCUGUAUUGGU